AUUAAGCUUGAUACGAUAGGAUCUCGAAUACUAAAUAAGAGGUUAUGUUAUAUUAGAAAUUAAUUCGUCUGCCCUAUCUCCCACCGAAAAAAACUAUUUAUCACGUCCAUUGCACAAUUGCAAUAUCGUGAUACGGCAAGAAAUCCAGUGUUUUAAAACUACAUAGAGAGCGAGUUUUCGACAUAACAUGAUAGUCGUAUUGACCAGGCGAGCGAGUGGAGGGGAUCACAUUCGAAAGUGCAUAUCGCGCAUUCUGGAUCGCAGAGAUUUAUCCGCCGUCUCGAAGAAAACCAAGAUGAGUAAACUAUCUCUGGAAGAAAGAGAGCAAAACUUGAGCUCAUUGCUAUCAAUGGGAUGGACUAUCCAAGAGAACAGGGAUGCAAUCUACAAGGAGUUUGUAUUCAAAAAUUUCAAUGAGGCCUUUGGAUUUAUGACAAGAGUAGCUUUACAGGCUGAAAAAAUGGACCAUCAUCCUGAAUGGUUCAAUGUUUACAAUAAAGUGAAUAUUACUUUGUCGUCUCACGAUGUGAAUGGAUUGUCGCAGAGGGAUAUAAAACUGGCAACCUUUAUAGACAAGGGCCAUUAUAAAUCAUCACAAAUAGACCGGCGAGAGUAGCGGCAGAGAGUAUAUUCAGCAUAAGAAACGCCAAUUUUGGAACCAAUGUACCCACCACAAUGGGUCGUGCGUAAUCAAGAAUGAUAGCUUCCAAUCCCCUGUGUAAUAAAAUUAUUCUUUCAAUAUUAUAUUUUCUAUAUAAUAAAGAUCUAUAAAAAAACAAAUUAGAAAAGGUAUGUUAAAUAUCAAAGAAUAUCAAUUACCAAUGUGUGUGUAUAACAACAGCAAUUGCCUGUACUACAUCAAUAAAUUUAUUUUCUAAGAUUA